UAAAAGGAUUUGUAACACAUUUUGUGUUACUACAGACACAUGAUGUGUAAAUAUUGUGCUCAACUGUUUACACAAUUACUGUGUUAAACACAUUUAGUAGUACAUGUUUAUAUAAAAGGCAUAUAUUCUGUUGCAAAUACUCAACAGGCGAUGUCAACUUUAAUGAUUGGAUUUAUUUAUCAUGUUGAAAAUGUGAAUAAAGCAUUUUAACUCGCUGGGGGGAAACAACUGUUGGGACAACGGGGAUGUUUUUGCUGCGCAUGCGCGGUGGCGGUCUUUUCCAACCGACGCCUAGCCAGCCGUCAGAAUUCAGAAAUGCGUCUGUCUGCCUCAGGUAAUGGAAGACGAGGGUCAAAUCACGUUUACUCUAACAAUUUUACACAGAUUUCUCGCGACUGUCUUCAUAGACGGGAAGGAAACAUGGAGAAAACUAUUCACAGUUGGAAGUGUUGGAGAACUGAUUAACUCAGCCAAAACGGAGCUCUCUCAACAAGUAUCUAUUGAUCGAAUACUGAGAUUUGACACAGAUUUUCAAGAAUUUAUUGACAUCGAUGUUAAUUCAGAAGUGAAGGAGCUUGACAAAUUCCAAAUAUAUUAUACUGCUAGUAUCACACAGGAUCCAUUAGAUGGAAGAGUUGAGUCAUUACUGUUUCAUUCAACAGAAGUAAGCCGGACUGUCACCACAACUGUCACCACAACUGGUCUGCUGACACUGCUCGAGGAAAAGGCCCCUACAAUCUUGAGAGAACAUGAAGACACAAAGACAUUGUCAAUUUCUUUGAGAAAGUUACUUGUUAAAGUGGCUGUGAGUGACCUUGUAGAAAAGCAUGGAUUCUAUCCAUCUGGUACAGAAAAGCUGGCACUGGCAAAGGAGAUUGUGUCACUGUUCCCCUCAUUAAGGAUUAAUGUCCCAUUUGGCGAAAAUGAAGGACAUGAGCAUUUUAUUGAUGGGCCAUCACACAGUGGAUUUAUAGAAAUGAGACUACGGAACAUCAGAUGGAAACUUCAACAGAGCCAGCGGAUCUACAAUUUGAAACGACGUCUUCCUACAGACCAACCUUCUCUGCCGAUUACUGAUGAAACAGUGCCCACUGAGUGGUUGACCUUGAUAAAGAGGAUGCGACCCUCUCCAGAGAACUCAUCGUCAAUAAAGACUGCAAUUGACCAAACCUUCAGUUACCGUAGAAGAUGGAUAACGACGAAAUCGCCAACUGUUGGUCAAAUCUUCAAGGAAUAUCCCAGAUUUCUGGACAAGCCAGCCUUGGUGGACAUUGAAUUUUCCAAGAUGACAGAUGGGAAAGAAGACAUGUUUAUCAAGAAAUGGGAGGGACGAUUAUCCCAAAACUCAAGGAAAUAGCAUCCUUUGAGAAAAAAAUGUACAUCAGACACUUAUUGGAGAAAGCUGACAAUCAGCAGGAUGAUGAGCUGUGUUACACUAUGUUAAGGAUCCUCGUUCAUCUUCUUCCACCCACGGCAUCUGGGAGAAGCGUCGCCGGCAGUAAAUGCUGUGUCAAUUCUGCUAUCUCAUACUUGUUGGAACUGGUGCCGGCUGGUACCAUUGUGACGUCUUUGCUUCUAGAAGGCAUGAACGGGUCUCUAAAGUCAACACAACCGCAGCUGGUUUCCAUCGGCUCUCCAGGACAUGAAGCCCAGUAUGUAAUUGUGGCAAAGAAUGAUUCUUUUGCUUUUCCACUUGAUGUUGAAAACCUCACUUCUGCUGUUGACAAACUUUUCAAAUUCUACUGGCUGUGUAAUCUUCAAUAUCCAUGCCAACUGUCUUCAGUUUUCUCAUUUUUUGAGUACGUAUAUGACCUUCCUUUGUCCCAGUCCACUUGCAAACGAUCAAAGGUUAUGGAAUUGAUUGCUAAAUUGCAGUCUCGUGCCUAAUUGAAACAGACCAUGUAUACAUGUCCAAAGUGCUUGCAAAAUAUUUUUGUCCAAACAAAACAGUUGAUUUGGCAUUUAAGGGAAGUACAUGCACUCUCUGAUAGCCAAAACCUAACAUUAAUCUGUAGUCAAAAUGGUUGCCCCAGAACAUAUCAUAGUUUUAAUUCAUUUUCUAAACAUCUUAGCAGAGCUCACUCUAAUUCAAGCCCUACUGUAGAGUCAGGACACACUGAAAAAACAGAUGUAUUCUGUCAAAUUGAUGAAAGCAGAACAAAUAACCUAGGCGAGAAUGUCGAAAUGUCUGAAAUAGAGGAAGUUCAUCAGAGCAGUUUAAAUCUAACGGACUAUGCUGCUACUUUUGCUGCCCGCAUGUAUGCUUCUGCUAAUGUAACUUAUACUGAUGUCCAAAAAAGUAUAACCUGCACAAAGGAAAUCCUAGAUCGUUCCUUAGGUCAUUUACAAGAAAAGACUAAUACUUUACUGACUAACUUGGCUGUACCUCUUGACAGCACUGAAGUUCAAACACUUAUGAAAGAGUUUGACAGUACUAGGAAUAUGUUUAGUGACAUAGAUACACCAUUUAAACUAACUAAAUACUUUUCUGACAAAUUUUCCUUUGAGAAGCCAACAGAAGUGUUUCUUGGUCACAGAUUAGAUUGUGUUAGAAAAAAUGGGGGAAAAAAGCCAAGUGUUAGUGCCGGUCACUUGUCAAUACAUCUCAAUAAUUAACACAAUUAAAUUUCUAUUUAGCUGUGACAAAAUUCAAAAACUGUAUAAACAGUCUUCUGGUGGACAGGGUAAAAUGCAAGAUUGUUGUGAUGGUGCACAAUAUUCUGGACAUCCUCUGUACCAAAACCAUCCCAAUGCACUGCAAAUUCAAUUAUACUUCGAUGAUUUGGAAACAACAAAUCCUCUUGGAUCAAAAACAAAGAUUCAUAAAAUGGGGGCAGUUUACUUUGCUUUACGAAAUGUGCCAUCAGAGAACAACUCUGUACUUUCCAAUAUCCAAUUAUGUCUUCUAUUUAAUUCUAUUGAUAAAGACAUUUAUGGUUUUGACAAAAUUCUGGAACCACUGUUAACAGAUAUCAAAGAAAUUGAGCAGAAUGGUAUAGAGGUGAAAAUAGGUGAUGAAUGCCAAUUACUUUAUGGGACUGUGUGUCUGUUGACGGCAGACAAUCUUGCCUGUCACUCCCUCUGUGGCUAUGUGGAAAGUUUCUCUGCAAACAGAUUUUGUCAGUUUUGUUUAAUUGACAAACCAACUUCGCAGUAUAUUUUUGAUGAAGAUAACACUGAGAGGCGUACAAGGGAAAACUAUGCACACCAUGUACAGCUGAAUGAUGCAAGUGCAACUGGUGUCAAAGUUAACUCCUGCCUAAAUCGUCUACAAUAUUUCCAUGUAACUGAAAAUAUUGGCGUGGACAUCAUGCAUGAUGUGUUAGAGGGAGUAGCACCUCUUGAGGUCAAAUUGAUGCUCCGACAUUUCAUUUAUGAGGAGAAAAAAUUUUCUCUGGAACAACUAAAUGAAAGAAUAGCAGGGUUUAGCUAUGGAUAUGAAAAUCAAAAAAAUAAACCCAGUGUAAUUAUUAAUCUGAAGACGUCUGAAAAUGCUAUUAGGCAAACUGCAUUACAGAUGUGGUGUUUACUGCUAGUGUUGCCUUUUCUGAUAGGUGAUUUAAUUGAUCCGAACAGCCCACAUUGGCAUCUUUACCUGUUAUUGAGAGAAAUUUGUGACAUAAUUUUUGCACCUGUUGUGACAAAAGGGCUUGCUGUUUAUCUUAAACAACUGAUAAUAGAUCACCACACACAAUUCAAAUUUCUUUAUCCUGACAGGAAUCUAAUUCCUAAACACCAUUUUAUGACACAUUACCCGAGUGUUAUGACUUUAUUUGGACCUCUUUCCAAGUUGUGGUGCAUGAGGUUUGAAGCGAAACAUAACCCCCUUAAGCGACAUGCCCAAGUAGUGUGUAACUUCAGAAAUAUUUCAAAGACUCUGGCUCACAAACAUCAGAUUCAGCAAAUGUACCACUGGAAAUUGAGUUCACCACUCAAUUUUGAAAUGACAGUACCCAAUGCUUUCCCAGUUAUGAUUGCAUCUUUGUACAAGGGCGACAAAUUGCUUGACAAACUGAAGACAGACUCCCAUUUUGAGACUCUCACUUUCACCAGUUCAAUUCAUGUGACCAAUAAUAUUAAUUUCUUGGGGACAUCAUACAGGACAGGAUGCGUUCUGCCUUUAAAAGCAGAUGAAAGGGGAGAACCUUUAUUUGGUGAAGUUAUACACAUAAUCCCCCAAAAUGAAAGUGAAUGUGCACUUAUGUUCCUGAGAUUUUUAAAGGUACAAUAUUUUGAUGAGCACUUGUUUUCUUUUAAUGUCACUAAAACCAAAGAAUUUGAUGUGGCAAAGCUGCCUGGUGACUUAAUGGACUAUUGACCAUUAAAUAUUGUAUCAUUUUGUGAUCAGCAAUAUAUCACUCCCAGAUACAAAAUAUUGUUUUAAAUAAGUUAGUGUUACUAACUUAAUUUGUUAGACAUGUUUGGUUAAUGAUGAAUUGAUUUGAAUUGUGAGUACGAAAUAUGAACUAUGUUUGUCUGUGGUUAUUUAUUUGACUACAAUUUUAAAGUUCAUUCGUAUAUUUCUGUUUGUUAUAUUUUAGAACAAGCUGAGAAAGUUUGGUCUUAUUUUGGAAAUGAUUUCAGACUUUGUUCUAUUUGACAUUGUAUUUACAGUAUCUAA